AUUUAUCGUCUCGUCGCAGAUAAAUAAUUUCGCUGUUUUUAAUUCUUAGAUUUAUGGAUGAAAAUUUUUAAGACGACUCAUAUCGGUAAAUCUAUCGUGCUCGAUUAAACAGCGAGUAAUUAAUUUCGCAAUCCAACAUUUAAAUUGGAGUGGAAGAAAAAAGUGAGAAUAUUUAUUUAUCGAAGUUGUUCGAUGAACUUCAAACGAAAAGCAUUGUGAAGUAACUUUGUCACUGAUUAGACUUAUCAGAAGAGCACAACACAGCAAAUUGUGAAUUAACUUGUAGCGCCAAGAGAGCCAAAAAAAAGGGGAGGUUGAAAUUAAACAAAUGGUAUUUUAAUCAAAAAAAAUGUUGAAAGAAAGUCAAAAGUUAAUUGAUUAUUGAUAAAUAACACAUUAAAAGCCUAAACAAGUGUUUUCCCUUGUUUAUUUAAACCUCCAAAUAUCAACAAAUACGCAAUUCCAAAUCCAUUAACAAAAGAAGAAAACGAAAAAAGAGAAGUUGACUCAAAAGUUAUAAUGAAGGAACAUGUGUCUCUCGACAAAAGUGUGGCUUGCAAAGCGAUAGUUAAUUGGAAUCGAUAAACAUGAAAUUUUUGUGAAUUAAACUUUGAACUUACGUAGAAAAGUUGUGUAAACAAAAACGUAAAAACAAUGAGAAGUCAAGGAAUUCUCUUUAUCGUGGGUGUAUUAAAUAUAUCUUUGAUUACGGCCCAAAGUAAUAAAAGUGCAAAAAAUUGUUGUGAUAAUGAUUCAAAUUUAAUGUUAAUGAACAACACAUGUUCACCGGGUAUCAAUGGCAAGAAAUUAUCAAUCUCGUUAGAAUGUGAUGAAAAAUAUAUUUUGGAUUCUAUGUUGGAGGAAGAUGCUUACAACGUCACUGAAGAUGGACUUUAUGUUCACGAUCUUAAAAGCACGAUACCUUUAGACGAAUUUUGUCUAGUCAAUCAACAAGAUGAAGAAUUCGAAGAUGUUCAUGAAAUCGCAAUCAUUUGCUUUCCUGAACGUCCCGUUGUAUUAAGCUUUAUAAUCAAAGGAAUUUUACUGUUCAUCUCUGUAGUAUUUUUAAUUCUUACAAUAAGAAUUUACUUUCGAUUGCCAGAACUGAGAGAAACUCAGGAUAAAGCAACAAUCAUAAUGUUAAUUAACUUAACAGCAUUUCUAUUUUUCUUGGGAGUUUUACAACUGCAAGCAUACAUUUUGCCAUCCAUUUUCGAAGGAGAUCUUUGCACAUUUUUGGCUCUUCUUAUCUAUUUCUUCACAAUGAGUUAUUUUGCGUGGUUGAAUUGCGUCAUUGCAAAUGUUUGGAAAGCUGUCGUUCUACGUCAUUUAAAACUCCGAGAAUUCACAUGGUACUUGUUUAAUCACAUUUAUGGUUGGGCGGUUCCAUUAAUGUUGACAGAAAUUGUUAGAAUGCAUCAUUAUGGGGAACCGCACGAAGAAAGUCGUAUCAUUAGUGACUCGUGUUGGUUUGAUAAUAAUCGUGAAGAUGUCAAUGGAUUGAAACCAUCCUGGACUUACGUGUAUUUGCCAAUUUCCAUAAUGUUAGGCUUUAACGUAUUUUUAUGUAUAUGGACUAGUUUGUGUUUAACAAAGAUUGACAUCUCACCAGACGCAAGAAAAGCUCUUCGAUAUAAAUGUAUUUUGUACCUCAAACUCUUUCUUCUUGGUGGCUUAACAUGGUUUUUAGAAGUGCUUUCUUACAUGUUCAAAGACCAUAUUCCGACAGAAAGUCUUUGGAUAAUCGUUGAUGCCUUCAAUUGCCUGCAUGGCGUUUUUGCUUUCUGCAUUCUCAUAAUUUGGCGUCAAAGAAUACGAAAAGAACUAGCAGGGAAGACAGUUUGUUGCUAUAAAUGUCCAACAAAAUGGGCCGAUGUGGAAAAUGACGAACAAAUUUGCUUAGAAAAUGAAGGCAAAGGAAAAUAUGAUCUUAUAAUAAAAACUUUAAAAUAGAUUAACUUGAUGUGAGCAGCGAACAAAAAUCAAAUUUGAAGUCGCGCCUUACAUUCUUCUAAGUUAUGCUAACCCGCACAACUCCAGCACUUUUUAAACAUGACAGAAGUUUCAGAACUUUUUUUUCUCAAUUCUAAUUUAUGAUACAUCAUUGUACAAUAUUUAUAUCUAUUUAUGACACAACUACGUCGUUUUAUGUUAAAAUAUAUGAUUUCACUUUGACGACAUUUCAUUGCAGAAUUUCUUGUUUUAUUUUACUCUCAAAGGCUUCGAAAGAAAGUUAAAAAAAUUCAACUGAUUGUAAAAAUUAAUCCUAAUAAAUUAUCAACUGUCAAUGAAAAUAUUUUAAGUGAA